CUCUAGGGUGAAGAGCAUUUGGGUCGACAUUUGCACAGAGGAGUUUUUAAAAACAAACGUAAGUUCCCCCACGGUCUUAACAGCUCCUUCCAUUUUAAAUAUAACAACCGUGUGACAGGUACAUAAGAUGGCGUCCUCUGCAUUGUGGGUAAUACUGGCACUUCAAUUUGGAUUAGGACAAAGCUUGCGUAAGAAUCUCCAUGAUGAUCAUUAUGUUGGCCAGCAGCACAACCCUGAACAUGACUUGAACAUCCUCCUGGGAGAUGAGGACACCGAGGAGAUAAAGCAACUUAGCCCAGCACAACAGAAGAAAAAGAUGAUGGAAAUUGUUAAGCGUAUUGAUACAAAUGCUGAUAAUCAGCUAAAUGCGGAGGAGAUCACGCUGUGGAUUCAGCACGUCUACAGAAAAUAUGCUCUGGAUGACGCCAAGGAGCGGUUCCCUGAGUUUGACAAUGAUAAAGACGGUGUUGUGACAUGGGAGGAAUACAACAUGGUCGCCUAUGACCAGCUUAUUAGUUUAGAUGAGGACGCUGUUCUGGAGGAUCCAGAGCAAGAGUCCCUCAGAGAACUCCACCUGAGGGAGAAGAGGCGCUUUGACUUUGCUGAUGUGGAUGGCACAUCUGGGCUCAAUGUGACGGAGUUUCUUGCCUUUACCCACCCAUCUGAAGUGGAUCACAUGGCUGUGAGAAGAGACUUUGCCAUUGAAAAUGUGUUAAAUGAAUAUGACACCGAUAAAGAUGGACUCAUCAAUCUGAAGGAAUUUAUUGGAGACGUUCGUGGUGAAGAUGAUUCCCCUUCACAGUGGGAGAUUGAAGAAACCGUGCGGUUCCAAGACCUUUACGAUAAAGAUAAGGAUGGUAUGUUGAAUCGAGACGAGCAGCUCCGCUGGGUUGCACCUAACAGCUACGGCUCGGCAAGAGAAGAGGCUCUUCACCUCAUCAAAGAGAUGGACCACGAUGGAGACGGAAAGAUCUCCGUGGCCGAAGUCUUGAAGAAUCAAGAAACAUUCAUGAACAGUGAAGUGACCGACUACGGCAGACAGCUGCAUGAGUCACAUGAUGAACUAUAACUAUACUUCAUGCUUUCUCAUUUGAUUUUAUGAAGAUGUGGUGUGAUUUGUUACUUUCACUGGAUUGAGUCAGUGGUGACUGACAACACCAGCACAAUACAACACACACUGUUCACAUCCCCCAAAAAGGCAAAUGUCAUGCAAAAUUGUUUCAACAUUCUGCUAUUUCCCUAUAAUUUUAGAAGAACUAGUCUUAUCUGUCAGCCAAAAUACAUAACAUUUCCACCUGAAAGCGCUAUAUCAUUUUCAGAGUCAGAUCCCCGGAUACAUGAUAAGAGAAGUAUUGAUUGAUUUGUGUCAGGGAAAACGUUGUAAACACACCCCGGUCAUGUCACAUGAAAGCGAAGGCAGACUGCGUGGUAAUGUAACCUAUGUUAUCCUUCGAAUGUAAAUAUUAUUCAAAUGGUCGCGAUUUUUAAGGAAGUAAGAAAUCAUUUUUAGUUAUAGCUAUAGAUUAGCUCAUUUUAAAUAAGACCUCUAGGGAGGGAAACAUAUUAGUUGAUGGCAGAAUCCUGUCGCAGCAGCUGGACCCUCAAUGAAAAUGUCAUGGAAAAGUCCUCAUAUAUUGAGAAAGUCUAGAAAGUAGUUGGAGCCCUACAACCAGGCACACGUUGCACAACUCUUAAAUGACCAUGGUUUCAUCAGACUGUUGAAGAGUUUCUAUGUUAGAUUCCAUAAGAUUGUGAUCCCGGUCCACUGCCUAUGUGAUUGUACCACUUUUUAAGGAGAACAAAUGUGGAGGUGUGACUAUCAUUCAGAGUUUUCCAUUCACACGUUCCAAAAGCAGUGACUCUAAUCUGACCACCUUUUUCAGUAACGAGUAGUCUAACACGUUAGUAUGUCCAAACGUCCAAACCAGUAAUCAGAUUAAAGUUACUUGUCUAAGUCA